AUGAAAACAAAAAAUGAUAAAACUAAUACUGAAAAUUUAAAAAACGUAAACAUGGAAGCAAAAACUAAAAAUAACAACUUAAGUAGAGUUGUUCAAAAUGAUACGACAAAAAUUGAUAAUGUUGGUACAUCAGUCUUUGUUAAAAAUUUAAAUUUUGAUACAAAAGAAAGUGAUAUAAGAGAAGCUUUUAAAGAGUGUGGAGAAAUCAAGAUAGUUAGAAUACCAUUGGCACAUACAAAUACUAAAAAUAAAGGAUUUUGUUUUAUAGAAUUUGAAUUAGUUGAUGGGAUGAAAGCAGCACUGGGAAUGGAUGGAGUGAAAGUUUUAGAUAGAAAUAUCAAUGUAAGUAUAUCAUUACCAAGAGGCAAGGAAAGAUUUUAUACAGUUUUUGUUAAAAAUUUACCAAGACAUACCACGAGAGAAGAAUUAAUUGAAUAUUUUGAGAAAUUUGGUAAACUUCAUCAUUUAAAUCUACCAAUUAGUAAAGAAGAUAAAACAAGAAAUGCAGGAUAUGCAUUUGUUGAAUAUUUAGAUGAAGAAGUGGCUAAAAAGGUAAUUAAUAUGAAAUUAGUUUAUAAAAACAAGAGACCAUUACAUCUUGAAUUAGGAUCUAAAAAUGAUUCAAGAAAUAAAGAUAUGAAUAAGAAGUAUAAUUAUGAUAAAAAAGAAAAAUCUAUUAAAAAUGAUAAAAAAAAUAAAAUAGAAGAAAAUUUUAUUAAAAAUGAUAAAAGAAAGAAAUUUAAUAAGAAAAUAAUUUUUAAUGAAGACUCAAGUGAAUAA